AUGGAAGUGUUCCAGCAUCAGCUACUCAGUCUUGUCGGGGGCCUGAUGUGUUUCUGGAUUCUAGUAAAGUGCAUCAGAUUUAUGAAAUACCUUUCCCCACGUAUCUGGAAUUCUUUGCCUUAGGCUUUCUUUCGGUCAGUGGGAGAAUGGGCAGUGGUCACAGGAGCAGGAUGUAUGGGAAAAACAUAUUCCUUCAAUCUGGCAAGAAGUGGAUUAACUAUAGUGAUGAUAGGGAGAACUUUUGAAAAAAUGAAUUUGGUGUUUGCAGAGCUAGAGCUGGCCACAGAUCAAAAGGUGAAGGUUAUGCAAGCUGAUUUUGCUAAAAAUUCAGUGUACAAGAACACUGAAAAAGAUCUGAAAGACUUGGAUAUUGGUGUUUUGGUUAACAAUGUUGGAAUGCUUCAUAAUCCUCUUCCAUGCCGUUUCCUUAAUGGGCAAGACAUAGAAGAGGACCUUGUCAACUGCAACGUUGUUUCUGUUACAAGUAGGUAUGUGUAGCGGCUGUUUAAACUAAAUUUCAGACAGAAAGGUCUAAUUCUGAACCUGUCCUCUGGUCUGAGUCAUUUCCCUUGUCCAUUAUAUACAGUAUACUCAGCUACUAAGGCUUUUAUAAGCACUUUUAUACCAGUACAAGCAGAGUAUAAGGUAAAAGUAAUUACCAUACAGGUAGUGAUUCCUUAUGGUACUUCUGCUCCAAUGACAAUGUACCAAAACUCUGGUGUUAUUACAAAGACAGCAGAAGAGUUUGUUGCUGAAUCACUGGAGUAUGUCACCUUUGGAGAUGAGAUUUUUGGAUAUUUAGCCCAUGAAAUUCUCAUUUAAUUUGGUUGUGUUUGUAUCCUGCAGUUUGUUCCUUUAUUAUUCCACAGAGACAGACUUCCAGAAGCAGUCCUGCAUGCAUUUACUGGCUGAGGCAGGGGUGCAGAAACCCCUAACAGAGUCAUUCUUGUCAGAAGAUGUGUUCUGGGAAAACCCAGCAAGAUGCACUUUACAGAGUCUCUCUAUGUGUGAUUCAAAUGAGUUUGAGCCAUAAAUCCAUUUGAGUGACCUAUCAAGUAAUGUGACUUGAUACAAUGAAUCUUUUAAGUAAAUUAAUUCCUAUCUCUUCCCAAAGAAUAUAAAAUUUGCUAAAGCUAUUCCAGUGACUUUUGUGAGCCUUAUAUAGGCUCUAAGAAAUUUAUAUUACUAUUUUAACAUACUCUUGGAGGUCACAAGUAAUUACGCUUUUUUGAUGUUUAUGAAUAAUUUGCUUUAUUUCCAACUUGUUCACUGUAUAUUUUCAUGCUUUCAGUGGGUGUUUUGUGUCUUUGGUUUCUUUGGAAAAGUCAAGGAAAUUUGCAAGAAGGAAAAAAGAAAUCUGCCAGAAUGUAAAGUACACACUGGGCUUUGGGAAGUCUAUAAUGAUAAAAAAAUGUAUUUCUAUCCAGAGCCUGUGAAUGACUCAGCAAUAUCUGAUAUGGGAUGUAAAAGGCAGCAACAGAGGAAAAGGAUGCACAGUAACUCUACACUGCUGAAUGAAUCUAGAAGACAACUGUUUUGACUGGAUGCCUGUGAAAUCAAAUUGGGUGUUAUUAAAAGGUAUUUCAAGGACAAUGCAAUCACCAGGCAGUUAUUGUGGGUUCAUAAAUGGAAAGUCCUGCCUAAUUAAUUUGAUGCCGUUCUACAAUAAGGUUGCUUGCCUAGUGGAUGAAGGCAAGGUGGUAGCUGUAGCUUUUCUUGAUUUUAGUAAUAUUUAGUAAGAUUUUAGUAAGAUUUUGAAUACUGUCCCUCACAAUGUCCUUCUGGACAAGCAGUUCUGAUGAGCAGGUGCACAGUGUGCUGGAAUAAGAACUGGCUGAAUGUCAGAACUUCAGGGGCUGUAGUGUGUGGGGCUACAUCUGCCUGGUGAGCUAUCACCAGUGGUAUUCCCCAGGGCUUCAUUCUGGACCAGUUCUGUUCACAAGUUUAUCAAUGAUCUGGAUGCAGGAGUGGAAUGCACCAUUUACUGACAACACUAAACUAGGAGAUGCUCUUUGGCUGUAUUCAGAGACAAGAGGCCUUCCAGAGGGAUGCGAAUAGAUUGGAGCACUGGGUAGUUAUCAGUGGCUUGAAGGUUAACAAGAACAAUUACAGAUUCUGCCCCUGGGACGCAGGAAAGCUGGGCACAAGGAUAAGCUGGGAGAGGAGUGUGUGGAGAGCAGCCCUGCAGCAAGGGAUCUGGGGGUGCUGGUGGGCAGCAGCUCAGUGUGAGUCAGCAGUGUGUGCCCGGGCAGCCAGGAGGGCAAACCCCAUCCCGGCUGCAUCAGCCACGGCAGCACCAGCUGGGAUCGGGAUCAUCCUGCUGGAUGCAGCCGUGGUGCGGCCUCACCCUGAGUCCUGUGUGCUGUGCAGGGCCCCAGAGUUUGAGAAGGACGGGAAGGUCCUUGAAUGGUCCAGAGAAGGACGGCAGAGCUGGUGGAAGGGCUGGAAGGCACAUCCCGUGAGGAGCAGCUGAGGGCUCUGGGUUUGUCUAGUUUGGAGAGAAGGAGGCUGAGAAGUGACCUCAUUGCUCUGUACAGCUUCCUGAGGAGGUGACAUGCAGAGGGAGGUGCUCACCUCCUCUCUGGUCUGGAUAUUAGGAAGCAUUUCUCUACUGCGAGAAUGAUGAAAUGCUCACAGACUUCCUAGAAAGGUGGUUGAUGCCCCAUGCCUGUCCUCAGUGCCUCUGGCCAAAGCCCUUCAUAAUUGCCUUUAACUCCUAGUCAGCCCUGAAGUGGUCAGGCAGCUAAACUAAAUUAUCUCUGUAAGUCCUUUCCACCUGAACUAUUAUAUCCUAGGCUAGGCUCAUCUGUGCUAUUUAAUCAGAUGCAUUUCUGUUCAUUAAAAAUCAGUAAUUUUCAUGUAUAUUUUAAUUUUGCAUGUUUAUUUAACUUCAGCAUUUCAAAAAGUGUUUGUAAAACAGCAUGAAGAUAGCAAGGACCUUAUUAAUAAAUUAUUGAGAUUUUUUUGCCAAA